AUGCACAAACACGGAAUACGCACAAGCAGUCGCAAAGUGUUUGACACAGGCCAGUGCUUUAUUUUCUACCUUCAACAUUCAUAUUUCCCUCCCUCUUCCUGCUUUUCUGCUUUCCCUUCUUUCAUUCCCCUCUCUCUCUCUCUCUCUCUCUCUCUCUCUCUUUAUCAACAUUCUUAUUUCCCUCUCUCUUCCUGCUUUUUUCCCUUUUUCCUUCUUUCCCCUCUCUCUCUCUCUCUCUCUCUCUCUCUCUCUCUUUAUCAACAUUCUUAUUUCCCUCUCUCUUCCUGCUUUUCUGCUUUCCUUUCUUCCAUUCAUUCCCUAUUUCUUAUCCCCCCUCUCUCUCUCUCUAUCUACAUUGUUGUUUCCCUCCCUCUUCCUUCAUUCCUUUCCUCUCCCUUAUCCCCUCCCUCUCUCUCUCUUUUUUCUCUUUAUAAACAUUCUUAUUUUCCUCCCUCUUCUUGCUUUUCUGCUUCCCUUCUUUCAUUCCUUUCCUCUUCCUUACCCCCUCUCUCUCUCUUCUCUCUUUAUCAACAUUCAUAUUUCCCUCCCUCUUCCUGCUUUUCUGCUUUCCCUUUCUUUCAUUCAUUUCCUCUUCCUUACCCCCCUCUCUCUCUCUUAUCUCUCUUUAUCUACAUUCUUAUUCCCUCCCUCUUCCUGCUUUCCUGCUUUCCCUUCUUUCAUUCGUUUCCUCUUCCUUAUCCUCUCUCUCUCUCUCUCUCUUUCUCUCUCUCUUUUCUCUCUUUAUCAACAUUCUCAUUUCUAACUUCACCUCUCCCCGUUAUCUUCUUACACAUUCCGUCUUUUUCCCUUAAUUUCUUCUCUGGUUUCCUCUGCUUCAUGUCUUUCACUCACUUUCUUCUUACCCUUUCUCAUUACAUUUUUAUUUCUAAAAUCCUCUCCUUUCAUUUGUUUCCUUUAAAUUCCCGCGUUUGCUUCCCACAUUCCUUUUUCAUUUUCAUCCCUAACAAUUUUCUCUCAAUUUGA